AUGCAGAAACAAAGACCAUUACUAAUUGUUGUUGAAGAUGUGGAGACUGAAGCAUUGGCUACCUUCAUUCUCAACAAGCUUUGUGUUGGCAUUAAGGUUUCUGCCAUUAAAGCUCUUGGAUUUGGUGAGAACAUAAAUGGAAACCUGCAAGAUCUUCCCACUCUCACCGGAGGACAGAAACCUUUUCCAUACCAGGGCAGCUAUGAAGGCUAUAAUGAUGAACAAAAGUCUUUUGCAACAUGGUUGGAUUGUUUACAGAAUUGGAAACUGUUGCUGGAGUUUCGUUACACAAUGGCUUCUUCCAGUCGAUACAUAAAAAUGGUUAUAUUAGUAUGUUACAACAUUCCAUUUUUGUGUGAAUGA